AUGGAGCUGAGAGUGGGGAACAAGUAUCGGCUUGGCCGGAAGAUAGGAAGUGGCUCUUUUGGAGACAUUUAUCUUGGUGCCAACAUCGCCACCGGUGAAGAAGUCGCCAUCAAGCUGGAGUGUGUGAAGACCAAACAUCCGCAGUUACACAUUGAAAGCAAAUUCUAUAAGAUGAUGCAAGGAGGAGUGGGAAUUCCUUCGAUAAAGUGGUGCGGGGCUGAAGGAGACUACAAUGUGAUGGUGAUGGAGCUGCUGGGUCCGAGUCUCGAAGACCUGUUCAACUUUUGUUCCAGGAAGUUCAGCCUCAAGACCGUGCUGCUGUUGGCUGACCAGAUGAUAAGUCGGAUUGAGUACAUCCACUCCAAAAACUUCAUCCAUCGGGACGUAAAGCCGGAUAACUUCCUCAUGGGGCUUGGAAAGAAAGGAAACCUGGUUUAUAUUAUUGACUUUGGGUUGGCCAAGAAGUACCGUGAUGCAAGGACGCACCAGCACAUCCCAUACAGGGAGAACAAGAACUUGACCGGAACAGCUCGCUAUGCCUCCAUCAACACACAUUUAGGCAUCGAGCAGUCGCGGCGCGAUGACUUGGAGUCUCUGGGCUAUGUGCUCAUGUACUUCAAUCUGGGCUCGCUGCCAUGGCAAGGGCUCAAGGCUGCUACCAAGAGACAGAAGUACGAGCGAAUCAGCGAGAAGAAAAUGUCCACACCCAUCGAGGUCUUGUGCAAAGGAUACCCCUCUGAGUUUUCAACCUACCUGAACUUUUGCCGCUCACUUCGUUUUGAUGACAAGCCCGACUACUCGUACCUACGGCAACUUUUUAGAAACCUUUUUCACAGACAAGGUUUCUCUUAUGACUACGUUUUUGACUGGAACAUGCUCAAAUUUGGCGCAAGCCGAACAGCAGAAGACGGAGAGCGGGACAGGCGGACGGGAGAGGAGCGGGAUGAGCGCAUUGGGGGAGCCCCCAGAGGGUCUGCAGCCCGAGGCAUCCCUCCAGGUCCAAACCCCGGAGCUGCCAACAGAGUCCGGAACGGUCAGGAGCAAGCCAUGUCUAACCCUGCCUCCCGCGUCCAGCAGUCUGGGAACUCAUCACCACGUGCAAUUUCUCGUGCAGAGAGGGAGAGGAAGGUGAGCAUGCAAUCUCCACAUCACAGGUCAGCGUGCCGUUUGAUCACAUGGGAAAGUGAGGCCCUAAGACCACUGCUAACAUUCAGGGCUAAGAGAUCUGCUCUAGGCUCCAGUUUGUGUUUUUACCUUCCUCUGCAAGACUGA